UGACCUCCGGGACUCAUGCAGUCUCUCUCUUUCGAUCACCCCCGCGCAGGGGACGAGGAGGUGCCCUCCUUCCGGAGCUGCGUCCUCUCCAGCCUGUUCGUCACUCACUGCGUGUGGCUGUCCGUGAUGCAGCUGAGGCACUACCUGUUCAUCGGCACGCUCAACCCAAUGCUGACACUGCUGGCCGACGGCCACGCCAGCCUCGUCAGCCAGUUCACCAACGCGUUUGCUGUCACUCAGUUCUGUGGUGUCUUCUUUGCCCCCUGGAACGGGCUGAUCAUGGAUCGUAACAAGCGGGCGGCACAGCCUCAGAAUGAACCUUCGGUCAGCCCUGCAGCCCGACGGUUGACGGAAACGAAGGCCACUGUCCUCUCCCUCGCCAUCACCGUGUCGCAGUGCGUCUGCUUCUCCCUGUGCGCGGCCAUUCCUGUGCUGAACAUCCAGUACCUCACCUUCGUUCUACAAGUCGUGAACCGCUCCUUCCUCUAUGGGGGACACGCGGCAUUCAUCGCCACAGCUUUCCCACCCUGUCACUUUGGGAAGGUGUACGGCCUGGUGAUGGCCAUCUCCGCCGUGGUCUCCCUCCUGCAGUACCCCUGCUUUGCUCUGGUGAAGGGCCCCCUGAAUGACGACCCACUCUAUAUGAACAUUGGCUUUGUCAUCCUCUCGGCCCUCGCCUUCGUUCACCCCAUCAAUGUCUACCUCCACUGCAGGCGCCAGGCACAGCCCAGGCCACCUGCGGGUGCCCCUGCGGUCGACGUGCCGGCGGAAGACGGGAAGGCCGUCUCUCCGGCCAGGGAGUUGGACAUCUGACCUGUGAUGGUGGGGAGGGGCGGGCGGAGCCCGGCUGGAGGGUUCCCUCGGGCUUGGAGGCAGGGUUCAAGGGCUGUCUCCCGUCAGGAACAGCUUGGAGUUGGGG